AUGCAGUCUCCAUUCGAGGAUAAUGCUAAUUCUCGAACAUUAUAUGUUGGUAAUCUUGACCCAUCUGUUUCGGAAGAUCUUUUAAUGGCUCUGUUCUCACAAAUGGGAGCAUGCAAAAAUUGUAAAAUCAUUCAUGAACCAAACAGUGAUCUAUAUGCGUUUAUUGAAUUUGCUGAACAUCAACCAGCAGCUAAUGCUCUACUCGCAAUGAACAAACGUUUAGUUAUGGGUAGGGAAAUUAAAGUGAAUUGGGCAACGACAUCAGCAGGUACUACAAGUAAAAUUGAUACAAGCAAACAUUUUCACAUAUUUGUUGGUGAUCUAGCGCCUGAAAUCGAUCAAAACACAUUACGUGAAGCAUUUUCACCGUUCGGAGAAAUUUCAGAAAUCAAAAUUGCUAAAUUUACUGAUACACAAAAACCAAAAGGAUAUUGCUUUAUAUCUUUUGCCAAUCAGAGUGAUGCAGAAACAGCUAUUACCAGUAUGAAUGGUCAGUGGCUUGGCACACGAAAAAUACGUACAAAUUGGGCAACAAGAAAAGGACCCAGCAACGAGCCUACAACUGCUACACGAAGUCGAGAUUCAAAUACUUCUCAAUAUGGUCAAGAACUUUCGACAUCCAAACUUGAUUUUAAUGAAGUAUGGAAAAGAACGAGUGAUACAAAUACGACUGUAUAUUUUGGUAAUUGUGGUGAUGUCAAUGAAGAUUUAGUUCGUUCGUGUUUUGAACGAUACGGUCAAAUAGCAGAAAUACGUGUAUUCAAAGAAAAAGGAUACGCAUUUGUCCGAUUUGCAAAAAAAGACAAUGCUUGCCAAGCUAUUUGCCAUAUACAUGGUUCAAAUGUUCAUGGUCAUACAGUCAAAUGCGGUUGGGGACGCGAUGAAUCAGCGAAUACUAGCAAUAAUGUAUCGAAUUAUAGCGGUAGUAUGAAUAAUCAAUAUGAUUCUUGUUCUCAAAAUUCUUACGGCCCACCAGCCAAUCAGAACUAUAUGGGUGGCGGUGGUGGUAAUAAUCCUGGUUAUGGCAAGUAUGGUGGUAAUUAUCAACAGCCAAAUUAUCCGCAACAACAGUACUAUAAUUCUCAACAACAGUGGAAUAACAAUGAACAACAAUCGUGGGAUCCUUAUCCGCAGUCUGCCACUGGCGGUUGGAAUAAUAGCAAUAAUAACUCCAAUAAUUAUCCACCUAAUUCCAAUCAAUAUCAUGAUCAACAACAGUCCUACAUGUAUUCUUCUAAUUCAGCUUGGGGCCCAUCACAACGCUGA